AUGUCGCUCAUAUUCUUCGCUUUAACCACUUUGGCCCUGUGGUCUCCUGUCAGGCCUCAGCUGCCGGAAUUUGGGGAUAUGUGCACAGAGGGCAGCUGCUACCCGGCCACAGGAGACCUGCUGAUCGGCAGGGCGCACAAGCUCGCCGCCUCCUCCACCUGCGGCCUGCGUCAGGCGGAGCGUUUCUGCAUUGUCGGACACCUGUCGGAGGAGGAGAAGAAAUGCUUCAUGUGCGACUCCAGGCAGAUGUACAGCGAGUACAGCAACCCCGACAGCCACACCAUUGAGAACGUGGUCACCACCUUCGCCCACAACCGCCUCAAGACCUGGUGGCAGUCGGAGAAUGGUGUGGAGAAUGUGACCAUCCAGCUGGACCUGGAGGCCGAGUUCCAUUUCACACAUCUUAUCAUGACCUCCAAGACAUUUCGCCCAGCUGCUAUGAUGAUCGAGCGUUCCAUGGAUUUUGGGAGAACGUGGGAGGUUUAUCGUUAUUUUGCCUACGACUGCCAUUCAUCCUUCCCUGGCAUUUCAACAGGACCCAUGCGCAGAGUGGAUGACAUCAUCUGUGACAGCCGCUACUCAGACAUUGAACCAUCUACAGAGGGAGAGGUGAUAUUCCGAGUGUUGGACCCUGCCUUUGAAAUUGAGGACCCCUACAGCUUGAGAAUACAAAACAUGCUGAAGAUCACCAACCUGAGAGUGAAGUUCCUCAAGCUCCACACGCUUGGCGACAACCUGCUGGACUCCCGCGAGGAGGUGACAGAAAAGUACUACUAUGCCCUCUAUGACAUGGUCGUCCGCGGGAACUGCUUCUGCUACGGGCACGCUUCCGAGUGCUUACCCAUCGACGGAGAGCCAACUGUGGCCGAGGGCAUGGUCCACGGUCGUUGUGCGUGCAAACACAAUACAGAGGGUCUGAACUGUGAGCGCUGUAAGGAGUUUUACCACGAUUUGCCCUGGAGACCUGCCGAGGGACGGAACGCCCACUCCUGCAAGAAGUGCGAGUGUAACCAGCAUUCCACGUCCUGCCACUUUGACCUGGCCGUGUACAUGACGACGGGCAACACCAGCGGCGGGGUGUGCGACGACUGCCAGCACAACACCGUGGGCCGGCAGUGCGAGCAGUGUGCACCUUUCUACUACCAGAACCCCCAAAAGCACCUGAGAGACCCCACCGUCUGCGAACCGUGUAACUGCGACCCGGCUGGGUCUCUGCAGGGCGGGCUCUGCGACCCGCGGACUGAUGUGGCCGCGGGGCUGAUCUCUGGUCAGUGCCGGUGUAAGGCCAACGUGGAGGGAGAGCGCUGUGACCACUGCAGGCAGGGACACUACCAACUAGGAGAGGGGCCAGACGGCUGCCUGCCUUGUACCUGCAACCCACUGGGAACGGUGCCAGGAGCAAACCCCUGCGAUCCAGUUACAGGAAGAUGCUUCUGCAAACGGCUGGUGGAUGGACACAACUGCGAUCAGUGCCAGCCUCAGCACUGGGGUCUCUCUAAUGACAUGGACGGCUGCAAACCAUGUGACUGCGACCAGGGCGGGGCUGUCAACAACAACUGUGACCCUCAGUCGGGGCAGUGUGUGUGCAGGGAGCACAUGUUUGGACGGCGCUGUGAUCAGGUUGAGUCGGGCUUCUACUUCAUCUCGCUGGACCACUACUUGUACGAAGCCGAAGACGCCCAGCGUGGACCUGGUGUGACGGUGGUGCAAAGGCCUUACCCGCUGGACCGAAGCCCCACGUGGACUGGGAUGGGCUUCGUGCAUGUCCCGGAGGGGGCUUAUUUAGAGUUUAAUGUCGACAACAUCCCAGAGUCUAUGGACUAUGACAUCCUUAUACGCUAUGAGCCACAGCUACCACAACAGUGGGAGAAGGUGAACAUGCGAGUGGAGCGUCCCGUUUUCAACCCGCCCGACUACUCCGCCCACUGCAGCAACUCCAUCCAGAGCGGAGACGAGCAGUCCAUCUCUCUUCCGCCCGGGUCCAGGCACGUGCUGCUGGUGAGGCCAGUGUGUUUGGAGAAAGGGUUAAACUACACCAUCCGCCUCACCCUGCAGCUCUACUCCUCGGCGGGCCACUCCCAGAAUCCCUACACGCUCAUAGACUCGUUGGUGCUGAUGCCCCGAGUCAGAGAGCUGGACAUGUUUCACGGGACGGAAGGGGAAGGGGCGUGGGAUACCUUCCAGCGCUAUCGGUGUCUGGAGAGCAGCCAGAGCGUCGUCAAAAGCCCCAUGACGGACAUCUGCUACGACUACAUCUUCAGCGUCUCUGCUCUGCUGCACAAAGGAGCCAUGGCAUGCCAGUGUGACCCCCAGGGCUCUGUUAGCGCCAUGUGCGAGCCCAGUGGAGGUCAGUGUCAGUGCCGGGCCAACGUAGUCGGCAGGAACUGUGACCACUGUGCUCCGGCUAUGUUCCUGUUCAGCCCCGCCGGCUGCAGACCUUGCGGCUGUGAUCCUCUGGGCUCCGUCACCGCCUUCUGCCACCAGGCGACGGGCCAGUGCGAGUGUGUUCCCGGAGCCACGGGUCGCCAGUGUUCCCACUGCCAGCCAGGUUUCUGGGGCUUCCCUCAGUGCCGGCCCUGCCACUGCAACGGCCACAGCGAGUACUGCCACCCUCAGACUGGCGAGUGUCAGGGCUGCAGAGACUUCACCGCCGGACACUACUGUGAGAGGUGUUUGAAUGGUUACCAUGGUGACCCAGAACUGGGUUCAGGCAGCCACUGUCGUCCCUGCAUGUGUCCAGACGGGCCGCGCAGUGGUCGGCAGUUUGCGGACAGCUGUUACCUUCUGGCCAACACCAACCAGCUUGUGUGUGUGUGCAGCCACGGCUACAAAGGCGUCCGGUGUGACGAAUGCGCCCCCGGUUACUACGGGAACCCUUUGGUUCCGGGGGGGCGCUGCACGCCCUGCCAGUGCAACAACAACAUCGACAUGCACGACCCAGGGUCCUGUGACGCCCGCACGGGGGCCUGCCUCAGAUGCCUGUAUCACACCCAGGGCCACUCGUGUCAGCAUUGCAAACUGGGUUACUACGGCAACGCCGCCACGCAGAGCUGCAGAAAGUGCUCGUGCUUCUCGGUGGGGACGGCCUCUGAGGCCUGCUCGUCCCCUGAUGACUGUCAGUGUGACCAGCGUAGCGGUCAGUGUCCCUGCCUGCCCAACGUGGUGGGUCCGGCCUGCGACCGCUGCGCCCCCAACACGUGGAAUAUCGGCGGCGGGACGGGCUGCCAGCGCUGUGACUGCGACCCCAGCCAUUCGGUCGGGUCCUCCUGCGACGAGGUCACAGGACGAUGUGUGUGCAAGCCGGGUUUUGGCGGCAGGACCUGCCGGGAGUGCAAAGAACUUUUCUGGGGGGACCCAAAGGUCAAGUGUCAUGCCUGUGACUGCGACCCCCGGGGAAUCUCCAGCGAGCAGUGCCACCGUGCCACCGGUCAGUGCACCUGCGUGGAGGGCGUGUCGGGCCCAAAGUGCGAUAAGUGCGCCCGAGGCUACCAGGGAGAGUUCCCCGCCUGCGAGCCCUGCCACCAGUGCUUUGCCGUCUGGGACGCGGUGGUCGGCGAGCUGCUCAAUCAAACUCGCCGCGUGGACGCCCAAGUGACGGAGCUCAUGACCAGCAUGGUGACGGCGCCGUACAAAGAACUGAUCGCCAGCCUGGAUAGAAACGCAAAGGCUGUCCGGGAGAUAGUGGAGAACAAAACUGCCGCGGUGAAGCUGGAGAAGAUUCAAGACCUGAUGGAUGAGAUCACCGGUUCAUUUUCCUACCUCAAUGGAAAGCUGAAUACGACCGAAGAGACCCUGAAUCUACUCCACGGUGACGCCAACACCACGAGCACAGACCUGGGCGCGUUGAUGGACGAGGCCAAAAAGCUGGAGCAGAACAUCCGGGAGCUUAGACAGCAGGUUCACGACACCAAGAACGCCAACAUCUACGGUGCCUUGAACACCAUUUCUACUGCACACAUGCAGUCCAGGACCGCAGAGAUCCGGGCCAAUGCCUCCACCAGUGACCCGGGCAACACAGUGGAGCAGUCAGCCGCAAUCCGGACGGCCACAGAGGACAAACUGAGCGGCUACCAGAGGGAAUUUGACCGAAAGCACCAACGAAACACUCAAAAGCUGGACAAGCUGUCCAAAGAGCUGAAUAAAUUUGACCUGUCCGCGCUCAGUGAAAAGACGUGUGGGGGUGCACCUGAGGGGGAAGCCUGCUCUCCAUGCGGCGGGUUGGGCUGCGUCGGGGAGGACGGAGGGUCCCUGUGCGGGGGAGAAGGAUGCGGGGGCGUCGUCACCGUCUCUCGAACCGCCCUCAAAUCAGCCACGAACCUUGAGCAGGAGAUUCAAACAGCCAUGGAGGAAGUUGACACGCUUUCCAGGAUGGUGUGGGAGGCCAAUGCACGAGCUAACGAGGCCAAGGUGAACGCCAUGGAGGUGUUGGUCAAAUCCAACCGCAGCAAAGAGAGGGUGGAGCAGAGCAACGACCAGCUUAGGAGCCUCAUCAAAGAGAUACGGGACCUCCUGACCAACGAUAAGGCGGACGUGGCGGUGAUCGAGGCGGUGGCCAACGAGGUGCUGGCCAUAGAGAUGCCGGCUUCCACCGCAAAGCUGCAGGAGCUGACGAAGGAAAUCCGGGAGAAGGUCAGCUCUCUGACCGGCGUGGAGGCCAUUCUCCACCAGAGCGCCCAGGACAUCAAGGUUGCCGAGUCUCUCCUGAGGCAGGCCAAGGCGGCCAGCGAAGAGGCCUCAAACGUGAAGGAGACAACGGACACGGUGAAGGCAGCCCUGGAUGAGAGCGAGCGCACCCAGCGCGUCGUCAUGGAGGCCAUCCAGCGGGCGAAAAACAGCACUAAGGGGACCCUGGACCUGCUGAAUUCCGUGGAGACGGAGACGGCGGAGUCGGAGCUGAAGCUGAGCGGCACCACGGGGCGGCUGCUGCAGCUGGAGCGGGAAGUCGGCCUGCUGAAGCAGAGCAACCUGGAGACGAGCCAGCUGGUGGAUCGGGCUGAGCAGAUCACCAGCCAGGCCAAGCGGAACGCGGAGGAGGCCCACCAGGAGUUUGAGGAGGAGCUGAAGGAUAAAUUGGAGGCGGCGGAGGAGCAGGUGGAAGAUAAAGGGGAGUCCGUGCUACGGGCGAGGAGGAGGGCGGACAAGCUGCAGCAGGAGGCCAGGGAGCUGCUGGAGCAGAGCAGCAGCAAGCUGCAGAGGCUCAGAGAGUUGGAGAGCUCCUACGAGGUCAAUCAGCGCAUCCUGGAGAGCAAAGCUGCAGAGCUGGCCGACCUGGAACGGACCGCCCAGCGCGUCCUGGACGAUAUCAGCCACAAAGUGACACUGUACAGCACCUGUGUGUGA